AUGGGCGAUAACGAAGAGGAUAGGAGGAAAAAGUUCCUUAAUGGAUUACAACUGCAGCCGGACCAGGAUAAUAUGUUUUUAGACCAGUAUCUAGAUCAAGCUGCCGAGUUACAAAGACAUCUUCAGGGCAACAACAGCAUGAAUGGCGAUGUAUAUGAACAAGAUAACAAUAACCAUAAUUUCUCGACCGGGCAGAAUAUACUGAGUGAGUCUACAUUUUCACCAUCCAGCGACAUGUCAAAUCCAGUAUCUAAUCUAUUCAACUCCAAGUCUAUAAAUUUCUCAGAUAUGCCCUAUGAAAUGGGUGUGGGCGAGGAGACACCCAAUGACGAUAGGGAUAGACAAGAUAGCAAUCAGAAUAAUAACAAUAAUCUCAUGAAUACACCUACUUUAAAGAUUGAAUGCUUUGAUGAGGACGGCGUGUUUCUUCCCGGAGAUACAACAAAUGACCCUUUUACUCAGGAUAGUGGACCCAAAUAUGAUAGCUCGCAAAAUAUCAACGCUGGUAUUGUCAGUGAUAUGAAUAAUUUUGAGAAUAUGGAUAGCAAUUUUUUGGAUUUUGGCGGAGAUAAUCAGGUCUCAAAAGAAGAUGGGACUUAUCUAGACCUUUAUGACAAUAACCUAAAGAAUGCAAGCACAGAGAAGAUUGCAUCUUCAAAUAACUUGAGUGUGAGUAGAAAUUCCGAGGAUAACCUCUCCAGAGUUUCAUCCACAUUGAAUAGCCCCUUUAUGCAGCCUACAGAUAGAAGCGUAUCGCCUAUACUUUCCCCACCUGUAAUGUACCUGGGAGACCAUUCCCACACUGAUGAUAAUGAUGACGUUGUAAGCAUUCUGUCGAAUAACUCUAAUAUACUAUUACCGGUAAAUUCGCAUGGUUACAAGUACGUGACUGACUUCAAUCAGCUAGGGCAAUUAAUUGGAGGAGAUCCAUUUGAACUUGACUUCAAUGGAGAUAACGACAUUAUAAAUUCUAAUGACUUGAAAGUUGAUGCUGAAACGCUACUAAAUUCAGAGAACGUUCACCUACAGGCUCCUCAACCCAAUAACAAUAGUAGUAAUAAUAAUAACGUUUCGUCACCAUCGGGCUCAAAUAAGAUGCCUACAACCCCAAUAAUUUCAAUUGAGGAAUAUGAUGAUAAUAAUAAAAACUCUAACGAUGAUGAGUAUGCGAUUGAUAUGGACUCUUCAAAUGCUCUCCAAGAGAAUAGAGGUUUCCUCGGUAUAUCAUUACUACCGGCGGAGGACUCGGACGCAACACAUGACGAAAUAUUACAAGGAAGGAAACAAAAGCUGAAAAAUAGAAGGGUAUCUCAAAGUAGUUCCCGUAGGUCUUCUCGAUCAUCCAUGCGCAGCUUAACACCUGAAGAAAAAGCCCGUUCAUUGAGUUCGAACAGGAAUAAAUUAUUGGAAAUGGCUGACUUAUUACCAAAAUCGCCUUCAUCGAACAACGGUUCGAAUAAUAACUCUAGAAGAUCUUCCUUCUAUGAGGAAAGUGAAGAUAUUUCCAUGGAUACCAACAUAUCCGAAAAUAACAAUACCAACAAUAAUACUGGCACCGAUUAUGUAUGUGAAGUUUGUGGGAAAGUUUUCUCUCGACCAUAUAACCUGAAGUCACAUUUGAGAACACAUACAGAUGAAAAGCCAUACCAAUGCUCUAUAUGUGGGAAGGCAUUUGCAAGACAGCACGAUAAAAAGAGGCACGAGGAUUUGCAUACUGGUAAAAAACGGUAUGUAUGUGGUGGUAAAUUGAAGGAUGGUACUUUUUGGGGGUGUGGUAAGAAGUUUGCAAGAAGUGAUGCCUUAGGUAGACAUUUUAAGACGAGUAGCGGGAGGAAAUGUAUCACCCCACUAUACGAAGAGACCGCAAGAGAGAGGAAUCUCCCUAGUAUAGACGAUACGAAUAUUCAAGCAACUGAGAUGGGUGUUACUUUGGAAUAA